CCACCGGAGAGAAAACGGCGGAGCAGAUUGUGGAUGGAAAAAGUGUGAACUCUUGCGGGGAAAGCUGGUUAAACCGCAGCGGGAUUUUCUCGGCGGUGGCUGUUCGAUGAGCUCUCUGGCGGAUUUGAAGUUUUUGUUUUCGGCGACAGAGAGAGGUCUGCUUAAAAGUUGAGCCGCGGAGGAGUUCUCUCAUUCAGGAUGUCGGACUGAGACAAAGAGGGUCUGGGGGGGCAUUCCCGACGGAGCGGUAAAACUUGAUUGUGGACGCCUCCUCUGAAUGGGAAGGAUGGAGAGGGAGCUGCAGUGGUGGAAAGGACAGCUGGCUUCAGACAUCCAUCAGUCUUUACGCAUUAAGGAGCUGAAGCUGCCCGUCUACCGGGCCCACUCUCCACAGAUCGGCAUGCGACGCUACUUCGCAGACUUGUUGGCCAUCCUGAGCAAUCGGUACCAGCUGUGUCCUACAGCACGCCACCUGGCCGUCUACCUGCUCGACUUGUUCAUGGACCACUACGAUGUUGCUGUAAAACAGCUCUAUGUCAUCGCCCUCUCCUGUUUGCUGCUAGCUAGUAAAUUUGAGGAGAAGGAAGACCGGGUCCCUAAACUGGAGCAGCUGAACUCUCUUGGCUUUAUGUGCAGCCUGAACCUUGUCCUUAACAAGAGGGAUCUGAUCAAAAUGGAGCUGCUGCUGCUGGAGACCUUCGGCUGGAAUCUGUGCAUGCCCACGCCUGCCCACUUUAUCGACUACUACCUCCAUGCCGCAGUGCAGGAGGGCGACCUCUACAACGGCUGGCCCUUGUCCUCCCUGUCCAAGACUAAGGCUUUCAUGGACAAAUACACUCACUACUUCCUGGAGGUUUCACUGCAGGAUCAUGCCUUCCUGAAUUUCAGACCCUCUCAGGUCGCUGCUGCUUGCGUCGCAGCAUCCCGCAUUUGCCUUCAAAUUUCCCCAAGCUGGACAACUGCUCUCCAUCUGCUAACAGGGUACUCCUGGGACCACCUCACCCCAUGUAUCGAGCUGAUGCUGCUGGCUCAUGACAACGAUGUGAAGGAGGCAAAUAAAACCAAAUCCACCCCUCCCCACAGGCCCUCCUCUCUGCAAUCCCAGCCCCAGAUUUCUCACCUCUCUCCAGUAUCUGCAAUCCAGAGACCAGCCUCCUCCUCUUCCUCCACCUCCUCCACACCACAGUUGUUUUUCCAGCCAGACAGCUUCACACACCUCUCUCAGCAUUCCCCGUCUCUGUCCCAGCUCCAAGCACUGGCUGACUCUCAGGCUUUGGGUCCAGUGGUGAACAUGUCUCAGGACUUCCUUCAGAGCCACAGGAUGGGCCUGCUAACAGGGCCCCCUGCUAUCACUGCUGGAGGAGCAUUCCCCACCUACCCAAGCCUAACCUCAGGUCUCCAGCCUGGGGCCCGUGCACUGCCUCUUCAGAGCCCCAUUUCUGUGCAGAUGGCUCUUGCUGGAGAGCCACGACACUGUCUGAGCAUGGCCUACAGUGGGGGUUACCUGGGGGCACAUCACACGUUCACAGCCGGCUGCUUUGACAGGUGACGCCAGGAGACGGAGAGGGAGCACAAACCCCUACGAGAAUCCACCGUAAUGCUUCUGUCCCAGCUCCCUACCCCGAAACACCCAUUUACAGACCUCGUCUCCCUCUCCGUCGGCACGGCAACACUUUUAGCUACCCCAGUUUCCCCGCCGCUCUCACACAGACGCCUCAAACGUAAGCAGAGGGCCAGGGGCAAGACAGACCCGGUGGAAGUCAUCACGCUGACGUGACGAACGCUCCUCUGCCUCGAGUUAAACCCCGAGGUGCUGCAGAAAUCUCUCCACCAUACUCUGAACUGGCUUUAUAAAUGUGUGUUAUUACGAGACUGUCAUCACUGUGAAUGAGAUGAAAGCAGCAGUGUGAUCAAACAGCCACCUCAUUGAGUGCCUGCUCUCAGUUGUGCUUGAUAGCUGAGCCAAUUUUAGAAGUGCACAGAACACAAUGUAUCUGUGGUAAAUGCCUCUUGCUGCUCAACAUUUUUUUUUUUUUUUUUACUUCUAAUCCAAAAAUGUAACAAAUUUCAUAGGAAAUCUGGCUGAUUAUAUUUUUUAUGUAAGCCAACGUUAGACUAGAGAUAGAAUGAAAUAAUUGUAGGCCUAUUGCUUUACUGGAGAAGCAUAAAAAGGUUUUGAAUACCUUUUUGAAGUUUCCUCUACAUCAGCUAACAUUUGAUGCAAAGAACUGAGAGGCUUCUCUGAGAACUCCCAACAACACAAGACCUCAGAGGAGACCAAGAACUCAUUGUUUCGUGCACAGCAGGCGACGUCGAUCGGCUCAAACAGGCCUGUUCUCUUUCCCUCCUUCCAAAGUUGAGCUCUCACACCUGCAGGUGUAGAUGUGGCUCUCCUACAAGCUUCUAAUUUGUUGAAGACAAACCGAUGUGACUGGACCAGCCUGGUGGAGACGACGCCGAGGUUUGUUGUGUUGUACAUAUGAAAUGCUGCUGCCUUCUUAAGAACUGUUGGUUCUGUCUGUGUUAAUGACUCCAAUGUUUACAUGAACCACUAUCAGGGACUUAAUCAAGAUUACUUGAAUAUGAUGCCAUUGAAACAUGUUAUAACUUCUAUUUAUAACUUUUUAUUUUUGUUUAGUUCCCUCAUUUUGUUUAAUGUAGUGUAGCUUUUUUUUUUUUUUAACCAAAUUAGAAAUCCACUAGUAAGUGAGUGUAGUUUUCUUUUUGUCUGUUUGUUCCGGCUCAGGUUUUAAGGCUGAAGCUGCCUUCUUUUCUUUUUUUCCACUUCUUUUUGUGCUUUAAAGUGGAUGCUAUUGUAGCAUCUGUGCUCCCCUUAUCACUGGAUCAUACUCCGUGUAUCUGACUAACUGAAUGCAGAUGCUGCAUAAAGGAACAAACCCGUUUCGUAGAUGUGAACAUCUGCAUCCAGUCAUCUGUAAUUGCUUCUCAAAUUUGUAAAGCUGCAGUCCUCCAUCAUCCACUUCCUGUUGAAGUGUAAACACAUUCCCGGGUUCCCAGAGCCGAUCACCAUGCUGGUACCUUCACACAAGUUCUGUUUGGUCUAAAUUAGGACCAGAAACUGUAUAAUACACAGAAUUUUUAAAAAUACAAUUCUGUGAAUAAUCAUCAGUAAUAAUUACCUGACCUCUAAUAGAAAGAUGUCAUGUUGCUGAGGUUAUUGAAAAGUGAUUAAAUCCCCAAAGCAGAGGAAGGCUAACAGCUAGUCAGACAUGCUGCUGAUUUGAGUAAUUUUAAUAAAUAUUAAUGUCAUUAAUCAUUGACUUUAGCAAAUAUCAACACCCUAAAUUUAAAAAAAUAAGACCGUUAAGCUUGCCGUUGUUUUCUCAGCUUAGUGUGAGUUCACCUCGAUCAUUUCCAAACAACUACGACACCUGAAAAUGUGCAGGAACGUUCAACUUUUGAUGCACUAAUCACGGCCAGUGAAUUCUCUCACUCUUGACAGACUUGUAGGAGACUGAGUCGUGUCUGAUGGGGCCGGUUGAUGUAACACCUGCCUAUCAGAUAAUUUAGAUAAAUCACAGCUAAAGAAAAGUAUUCCCACAGCAUGAUACUGCCACCACCAUGCUCAGUAGGGAUGGCAUGUUCAGGGUGUGUGUUAUACACGAUUAGGCGGGAACAAAACGGAAUGAAGUAAAAAUAAUUUGGUCGGCUGCACAUUUACACACAGGCACAAAAGCAGUCAAACGUUUGUUUAAUUGGUUCCAAAAACACUUAUUUAGGUGAUAAGGCAGCAGAUACACAACAUAGCAUUUUGUUUUUUAGACCAAAAAUUUAAAAGUUCAUUCUUUCUUUGGCAGGUAAGCUACUGGUUACUGAAAAAUCUCACCUCAAAAACUCCAACCCAGUCUCUUUAACAUGGUUACAUUUCUAUGUGGUUUGAUGUUAUGGGUGGAAGUGUUAACAUUUCAACUAAUGGCACCAAAUCUAGAUCAUCAUUAAAAUAUCUGUUUAUUUUGGAGUGUUGCUAAUUGCUUGAUCUGGAUACUCUAAAAGUGAAAUAAACUACUAAAAGGAUCGAACGGUCUGUAGGUUUAGUGUUUCGGUUUUGAAGUUAAAAAUACUUGUUUAUUGUGGACGCUGCAGCAUGGCCGUGCCCUGCAGUUGCUUUACAUGAACUUCCUGAAAAUGUGCAAAGAUUCAGUAGCUGCAGCUCUGUGGUCAAACGUUUAUAUAUGAAAUUAAUUAUACUCUGCCUUUUGUUUUUCGACUUUGUGUACCAUUUUGUAAUAUUUUAUACAUUCCUUGUAUUUUUGAAUUAUGUUAUAAUUUUAUUGUUUCUGCUGUUAGUGCGAACUAGAUUUUUAUUUUUUUUUUUUUUGUGUUAGGUUUCUGUUUGCAACUUCUUGUUGAGGUGUCAAAAGGUGCAAUAGGUUGUCUCUUGGGUUUUUGCUGACCACAGCCAUCACCGACUCCUGUAAACCACUGGUUCAACCUUUAUUAACUUAUUUUUUCUUAUUAAAUGUGUAAUUUCCCUCAAUCUCCACUAGUGGGCAUUAGGCUCUGAACACAGUGAACAUAUUGCAGCUAUAUGCUACUAGCGAUCAAUAUUACGUAAUACUUGGAGCUAUGAGUUUUUAAAUGUUUUUUUUAUUUUGCAUGUCCUGAACAUGAAAGGUGCUGUUGCCACUCACCUCAGCAGACAACACGUGUUCUUUGUAAAAGGGAUGAAAUGACAUUUAUUUUUAUAUUUCUUUCUAACAACCUGUAGUCUUGGUUUAUUUCACACUGACUGAUUUUAUCAUUGUGCCACAGCAAAAUAAACCCACAUUUGAGUCGA